CGGACUCGAGACACUUGCUCACGAAACUUCGCAACGUGUGUAUCGAUCAUUUUAACUUGGGUAUAGAUCAUUGUAUAUUGAUUUGUGAUCACUUAAUUAUUUUUACCAGAAGAAAUCACCAGGCAUAUAUUGUAUAUAUCAGGAGUCGAAUAUUCUAAGAGAAUAGAACGUAGAAAUGGAUCCCAACGCGUUUAAGGAUUUCUCCAAAGAGAUGGCGGACUUCAUAACGAAUUACUUGGAGAAUAUCAGAGACAGGAGAGUCCUGCCCAAUGUAGAGCCUGGUUAUAUGAAGCCAUUGUUACCCAACGAAGCACCGCAGACACCAGAAAAGUGGCAGGACAUUAUGGGCGAUUUGGAAAAAAUAAUCAUGCCUGGAGUUACUCACUGGCACAGUCCCAGAUUUCAUGCUUACUUUCCAACGGCUCAAUCGUAUCCUGCAAUUGUUGCUGACAUGUUGAGCGGAGCAAUCGCUUGCAUUGGAUUCACUUGGAUCGCAAGUCCAGCCUGCACGGAAUUAGAGGUGAUAAUGUUGGAUUGGCUAGGAAAAAUGUUGGAUCUUCCCAAAGAAUUUUUGGCCUGUAGCGGCGGUAAGGGGGGUGGAGUGAUUCAGGGAACAGCCAGUGAAGCCACACUGGUAGCAUUGUUGGGUGCGAAGGUAAAGAAGAUUCAAGAGAUCAAAGAACAGCAUCCAAGCUGGACCGACAAUGAUAUACUAGGAAAACUCGUUGCCUAUGGUUCCUGCCAGGCACACAGCUCCGUGGAACGCGCCGGACUUCUGGGCGGUGUUAAAUUCCAUCUGUUGGACGUUGACGGGAAAUUCCGAGUACGGGGCGAGACUUUGGCCGAGGCCAUUCGCGAGGAUAAGGAAAAGGGGUUGAUACCAUUUUAUGCUGUUGCCACUCUUGGUACAACCUGCUCGUGCGCUUUUGAUUGCUUGGACGAGAUGGGAAUUAUAGCCAAUCGUGAGGGUGUUUGGCUUCAUGUGGAUGCGGCUUAUGCAGGCUCGGCUUUCAUCUGUCCGGAAUUUCGUUAUUUAAUGAAGGGAAUCGAGAAAGCCGAUUCGUUCAAUUUCAACCCGCACAAGUGGAUGCUGGUCAAUUUCGAUUGUUCGGCCAUGUGGCUCAAGGAUCCCACAUACAUUGUCAAUGCAUUUAACGUGGAUCCACUUUAUCUGAAGCACGACAUGCAGGGCUCUGCACCUGACUACAGACACUGGCAAAUUCCACUGGGUCGCAGAUUCCGCGCGCUUAAACUCUGGUUCGUUCUGCGACUUUACGGCGUAGAAAAUCUUCAAGCUUACAUCAGAAAUCAUAUAGCUCAGGCUCACGAAUUCGAAUCUAUGGUCCAGGCAGACUCCCGAUUCGAAAUUGUAGCUGAAGUCAUCAUGGGUCUAGUCUGCUUCCGCCUUAAGGCAUCCAACGACGUUAACGAGGCUCUUCUCAAGAAGAUCAAUGGCGCUGGAUACAUUCAUCUGGUACCGUCCAAGAUAAACGACACUUACUUCCUAAGAUUAGCCAUUUGCUCUCGAUUCAGCGAAAGUAAGGAUAUUCAAAAUUCUUGGCGCGAAAUCAAAUUGCGCGCCGACGAGGUCCUCGCGGAACAAUCGACGUCCAAGUGAUGGCGGGCUCAAAUAGCACGUGGCUGUAAAGCAUUGGCACCAGUUACCUGCAAUCAAUCAUAGAUUUUUAAUAACAAUCAGUAAUUAAUCACACCUCGGACCUUUCCAGUUAUGGUAAAAGGAGAUAAUGGGAUUAGCCAAUUUAUUAAGACGAACCUACCAUACCUGUUUAUCGUUAUCGUAUAUUCUUCUGUAUAUACAUAUAUAUAUAUAUGUGCAUAUAAACGAAAUUAUUUAUUUGAAUGAAGAAUCGUGACGUCACGAUCAAUAAACUUUAGUCGCGUAUCGACCAACACCUAGUGCUGCAUGCCGGUGACAAUAAUAGACUAGAACGUAGUAGUGCAAUUGUAUUAGGAAAGGAAAAAGAAAUUAGAAAAAAGGAACAUGUCGAGUGCGCUUACAGUAUGUUUGCGAUAGUACAGUGUAUAUUUAUGCGAGAGUUAUUAUUAGUGCACUCAUGUUUUAUUUAAUGGGACCAACGUGAGUUAGUUAGAAUGUACGUACCUGUUGACUGUGGCUAUAUUAAAAUGUACUGUAUAUCAUAGCUCGUUGGAUCAUUGAGAUUAUACGUGUAUCGUAUAGAGAAUUAAAUAAAGUUAAUGUUACUCGUGAAUUAA